AAUGCCAUACUGCUGUUCCAUACCCUGGUCAUUAAUACAGUCUCCUAAGUAUAUUAUCUACAGACGUUUGAUCCGCACCAUGGAAGUAGAUUAGUAAUAAGACCUUAAUACAACAAGACAACUGCUUCUUUCCCCCAGUCUUAGCAGCGCUGCUCUACCAGAUAUACCAUCACCAUGCGAACCCUCCUGGCUUUGCUUGUCCUGGCCUCCUCGGCUAUUCAGAGCGAGGGCUUGAAAUGCCACACCUGCGUGUCGGCCAAUGUGGACGAAUGCAAUCGCCAAGGAUCGCAGAGCUGCCCCCAGUAUGCAGACGCCUGCUCCACCAUCACGGGAACAAACACAGUCAUGAAGUCCUGUACUUACAAGGCCUUCUGUGACAAAGCCCACAACAGCAACUCUGGCAUGAAGAUGGACUGCUGCUUCACAGAAGACUGCAAUGGACCCCACAAAGGAAAGAGUGCCAGUCAUAACGCUGGGGCUGCCCUUUUCUACAACCCUGCUUUAAUGUUCGGAGCUUUGCUCACCAAGCUGGCAUUCAGCAGACUCUAAAAAGCAAAACCAACCCUAACCCUAAAGCUAGUUCCUCACACCCUCCCCACGCAGGGGUGUGUUGAUUUGUUGUAGGCGCCAAAUGCACCAUCUUGUCUCUGCUAUGCUGUACGUUUAUACAUGUGCUCAGUGACAACUUGUGGUUCUUUUAAAUGCUGUACCAUUAAAAAAAUCUGUAGUGA